AUGGGGCCGGACCUGGGCUGGGCCGCGCUGGUGCUGCUCUUCGCCGCCUCGCUGAUCACCGUGGCGGCCUGGCUGCUUCAGUACUGGCGGUCCGCGGCCCUGCGAGCGCUACGGCGUCGCGGAGCGGCGGCGGCGGAGGAGGCCGGGGCCCGAGCGCUGCUCGUGGCGCUUCUCGCCCUCAGGUCCCUACGGGAGCAGUGGCAGCGAGCUUGGGUGCGAGCUCUCAACAGCCAGGCGCGCCGGCACGGGAGUUCAGUGCAGAUCACGUUUGAAGAGGGUCCUCAGUUACCACAAGCCGCAGAUAUAAGUUGUGUGACAUGCAAGGGACAGUCAGACCACAGCAUGGUGUUGUGCUGCCGUCUGUCAGCUGAAGCUGUGAAAUUCUCUGUCUCUGUUACUCAGCAGUCCCCAGUUACUGUUUCUGUGGAUACGUAUCAUGUCACUUUGGCUGUGCUGCAGGCUCAGGUGGAGAUCCACUUGGAGGAGAUACAGAAUGAGGGUCUCCUGGUGUCAUGGACAUUUAAAGACAGACCAGACUUGGACUUUUUGGUUCUUCCGCGACUUGAGCUUCCUGAGAAGGAUGAAGGGAGAGUGGAUCUGUCCACUAUAAAGGAUCUGAUUGAGGAUACCAUUGUCAGCACGAAGCCAGCCAUGAUGGUGAAUUUGAUGGCCUGCACCGCUGGAGCCAGUGUGGUACCCAGCAAUAAGUUGACUCAAGAGUCCCCGUCCGGAGUAGCAGCAGCCCCUCUGGGUUCUAAGCUGUUGCUCCGGAAUCUUCGAGUGCUGAACUUGGGCUGCCAGGGGAAGGGAGGAGUUGGGGAGAUAUGCUGCCUGGCAGAGCUAGACAGCCCCCCGCAGCAGAAGUGGACGAAGCCAGUGACAGGUAGCAGUGUCGGUGCUGCAGGAGAGAUGGAGUGGAAUGACGAGUUCUUUCUGGAGUUGGGACCUAGAAGCAAAGAGCUGAAACUACAGGUGCUGGGGAACAGCGACGGAGGAGAAAAUGUGCUGCUGGCAUAUGCCACACUUUUGAUAGAUUCUUUGGGCAAACAGCCAUCUGGAAGACAGGUCUGCUCACUGGCCCCAGGAGCUGGACAGUCACUUAGAGCUGAAGCUACCAUUACAUUGGAGCUGCUGUUCCAGGAGUCUCCUGCAUCUUUGAAUGCUCUGCACGCCACAUCUCUGCGAACCAGCAUUACCCCCACUAAGAAGGUGGAGAUGGACCGGACCAUCAUGCCCGAUGGCACCAUCGUGACUACUGUUACCACAAUUCAGUCCCGGCCCAAGGCAGACUGCAAACUGGAUUCACCAUCGAGGUCGCCUUCCAAAGUGGAAGUGACUGAAAGGAAGACAACAGUGCUCUUGGAGACUGGCUGUCAUCACAGCCACUUGCCCAGCGGUAGCCGGGAUAGCCAUAUGCCUAAUGGCUUGGAUCCAGUGGCCGAGACAGCAAUCAGGCAGCUAACUGAGACGAAUAACAAGACCACCAAGAAGACACCAACAAAACGUAGUACACUGAUCAUCUCAGGAGUGUCCAAGGUACCUAUUGCUCAAGAUGAAAUGGCUCUUUCUCUGGGUUAUGCUGCAUCCCUGGAGGCCACAGCGUAUGGGGAUUCUGAGACAGAUGGCACAGCUGACCAGAUGCACGAUUUUACUGAACUGUCGCGGCCACUGGAAGCGUCGCUAUUGGGACAAAGGGACAGUCAGGAGCUGGAUGAGACAACGCGAUCAGACAUCUCUGAAAGACCAUCUGUGGAAGAUGUUGAGUCUGAAACUGGCUCCACGGGAGCCCUUGAGACGAGGAGCUUGAAAGAUCACAAAGUUAGCUUUCUUCGGAGCGGUACCAAGCUCAUCUUCCGGAGGAGGAGCAAGCAGAAGGAAGUGGGCCUGAGCCAGUCUCACGAUGACUUGUCCAAUGUCACUGCCAACUCCACCACCAGAAAGAAAACUGGUAGCUUCUCCCACCGCCUCAUCAAACGCUUCUCCUUCAAGUCUAAAUCCAAACCCAAAGGUAGUGACAACACAUCAGCUUGUGAGAACUGAAGGAGCGAGAAGCCCAUUGGAAAGAUUUCUCAGAGAUCGUUUUCUAGCCUCUUGUCUUCCCACUUCAUGGUAUCUGUGACUUGCAGUCCAGUUCUUUCCAGCCUUGGCUGAGGGAAGACAUCCCAGUGCUUUGCGCCAUUUGGGGAGAGGAGGUGGCAAACCCGGGACUUAGGCUGCUCGGCUGCCUUGGCUUAGCCUUCUCUGCUUGUUGCACCCCACUGUGCUCUCCCAGAAAAUCCAGGUGGCAUGCUAAUCCCUCUGGGGUUCCCUGGAGUUGCAGAAGUGACUCGGUGUGUGUAGACAUCUGGCAUCAUCAGGUGCCUCAUGGAAACAGGGGGCAGGUCUCUCCAGUGGCAACCUUCAGAGUUAAAAUCAAGAAGCUACUGAGUUAGCUGCAGUGCCAAGAUGUGUGGGAUGUAGCCUCACUCAGCUCUUCUAGUGACAGAGAAUGAUGCAGCCACUGAUGAUCUAAACACUAUUAUUGCCUGUGCUGGGUGCAGAGGCUGCAACCUGAGGUGUGCUGCAGGGCGAUGCAUUCCUGGGCUGUGAGCUGUUGGAAGAGAGCUGUCAGCUGUCAGAGUUUUGGUCCUCCACCUGUCUCUGCCAUUGGAACAGUCUCCUUCAGACAGCACUGAGGGACCCCUGUUUUCUGUGCUGUGUUGGUGAAGGAAGAAGUCCCUAAGAAUAAGGAAGUUUUAACCACUGAACAGGUUUUUGUAGAAACCCGAGCCCUCACAAGAGCGCCUGUUCAGUGCUGUCAGUUCUGUCACCCUGUGCAGCCUCCCUGUGACACAACAUUCCUUCCACAUCUGUGUUCUUGAACAGGGACGGGCCUGUACUGAAUACACACACCAGCUGCUGUAUGAGCAGCCUCCCUUCCCCUUGGGAGGUUGGGGAUGUUGCCAAAGGGCUGCCAGGCUGUCUUCCAGACCUGCCGAGCGUCCAGUCUCAUGCUGUCAUGGCUCUCGUGCCAAGGACUGGGACUGUGCUGGGGAUGGAUGGCAAAGAAUAAGGCAAGGAAUGUAGUCAAAGUCUGAUGGGAAGCCUGAAGGCAUGUGGCAGAAAGAGGCAACAGUUUACAUGUUAUCACUGAUGGGUUUCCAUUAGUAGAUUGCAUUUGGUAUUUCCUUUCUUCUUGCAAACACGAUCCCCCCUGUUCAAACAGAGGGCAUUUGCAGAGAGGAGGAGGUGUACAAGAGAAAAUAGAAUCCCUGUGCAGGAGGAGACUGUCCUAGAGAAACAGUUGUCCAGUCUCCUGGCCCAUACACGUUUUAUCUACAAUAUCCCCAGAAGUUCCCUUCACAUAGCCCAUAACAGUGCUCUGGAGAAAUGCCCAUGCCCUGUCAGCAUGUGCGGUUUGAGAGAAAGCUCGUGCUGUCCUGUGGGUUGUCAAGUUAAGGAGGUGGGACAGAGGGGAGGAAAAACCUCACAGAAGAGCUAUUUCUCAGGCCUCACUGGAUUCUCUAGCUCUGCUCUUCCUCUGGAGUACCUCCUGUGGUGGUGUCUGUUGCCCUUCCUUAUGCAGGAUGCUGCCAACUGAAAAAGCAGUUCUCUUGAUGGCAUGGGUAAAAUGUAUUUCUUGGAAGGACAAACCCUGAUCUGCUGAUACUGCUGCUGUGUGCCAUUUCUAAGGACCAGAACGUGUUUGUUGUGCUGCAGCAGAAGAAUUUACAGAGGGCUGUUUCUUGAAUGUCUGUACAGGUGGGGAAGGCCAGCAUUAGCAAGGGUGUAAUUGAAAGUUUUAGUGUGUGCUUGCAGGAGGGACUCUCUGUUGUUUUUCCUGCUGAUUUCUCACAUGGUUGGGCAUAUGUGAGUCUGAAAAAUCAUAUUGGUUCAGCUGGCUGACCGGGAACCUCUACAUCUGUUUUGGUCUGGAAGUCUUUGUUAUCCCCAGCCUCUGUCAUGUCUUUUAUCAUUUGUUUCUUUCCUUGUCCGCAUGGCACUGGGGCUUUGUUUGCACUUGUAUGCACUGUGGAUGUCCUAGAACUCACUGUUUGUCACUAAGGAUCGUUUUCCUUGAUGCGAGUGAAAGGUUUAUGCUACAGUGCUGUUGGAACUUGGCCGUCUGUAACUUGCGUGUAGCAAUCCAGCCACUGGUUUCACAUAGCCAUCUUUUGCUGGGUUGGCGUGGCGCUGUCACAUGCGGUGCUGUCCUUCUCAGGCACACCCUUUGUUCCCAAAGUCUCGGAGUUUGAUUUCGGUUUGAUAUUCUCUCUUGCACCAUCCCUUCUAAGACUUGUAGCUGCGACAGUACUUUAUGUUCCAUUUUUGGAUUUUAUUUAUUCAUUUUUACACUGUUUCAGAGUACUAAACCUUGAAGAUUUGGACCCAGACAGCCCCACUUCUCUGGUGGGAGGCUGCAAAGCCUUGCACUAGAAAUGCUGUUUUCAGUGGAAGAGCCUGAGGCUCUUCAGUUUUGGGUUAAUCAAGAAUCUGCGGUGAGUCUCAUUUAAUAGUCUCAUGUUCUUUUCUUUAUACUGUAAGAGCAGCUUGAGCUGUCUUGGUGUGGAGUGGCUGGAGGUGAACGAGGGUCACCACUGUUCUUUGGAAUCGGGGAUCUGAGGUUUGUGUACACAAGGAGGACUGUGAAGGCUAGCCAGUGGUGUCCUUGUUGCUGUAGACUGGAGGCAGGAAAGGGAAGGUUUGUAUCUGACAAACACAUAUUUAGAUUCUUGAUCAGCAUAUCUUGGUCUGGCUUGGAGGAGUAGGUGAUAGGGAAGGGAGUAAAACAGAAACUUGAGUUACUCACCAGCCUUGGGGACCCUUUCUAGCCAUGUUAAAUGGGCAGUUCCUGUCAUAUGUCUGUGACAUUCCUGCUUUGUUCCUGGUUUGUUGGCUCCAGGCUAUACCAGCCAGUGACUUGCAGUGGAGGUACGGUUUUUUAUUUUGAACUUGAUGUGGCAGAAGGCAUCGGCGCUGUGUUUGGCAAAAUGAAUGGCAUAUGGGAAGCAUGCCAGUAGGGGCAUAUCUUCCCUUGAAUUUUUAACAGUGAUUUUUACCACAGACUGUAAAUUGUCCUGCAAAUCUGUAUCUGGUUAGUCAGCUUGCAAAGGAAAGGGAUGUUCUCAAGCACCAACAAAGCGCAUCCCCAAACAUUAGGUCUUACAUCUGCUUGUGUUUCCUAGAGGAGAUGUAUUUUCUGGCAUUUUGUUGCUUCUCAAAGCUGUACAGCAUAGGAGCAGUAUUGUAACCUUUUAUCUGCUUUUGAAUGUUCUCUGUAAGUGCAGACUGUUUUUCAGGGUGUUUGCAAAAGUCAUAUUUGAGGAACAGAGGGAUAGCAGGUCAUGGGUCUGCUGUGUGCAUUGGAAUUUUUUUUGUUUUGGAUACACUCCUCAUUAACCAUGUUGAUAUUUCCUCUUAUUUGAACAAGGCUUUCUUUCUGGCCUGGAGAGAUGUUUUCAUCCCCCAGGCAGUAGGUGCUGGUUUUGUUAGUCCUGACUAUGAGAGUAGAGGUGGCUCUUCCUGGCUUUUCAAAGGCAUGUAUGGUAAUGAAUCCGCCUCAUGGUGGAGGUGUGAUUGUUGGUGUGAAAAACAAUUUGUCUAUCCUAAUCUUCUCAGAUAGAAGAUGUAAGAUAGAGUUUUGUUCUCCAGAAGCUGCUAAGACAAAGUCCCCAGGAAUUUCCCCCCACAGAAUGGCUGCUUUAAGAAACCUCUUUUGUGUUUAAUCCCCACUUGUGUUUUCUGCCUUUAGGACAGAAAAUGCUAUUUGAAAUCUACUCUCCCUGUUUAACUUCUUCCAGAUACCUGUGCCCUUGCCUUGGUGCUGCUGUGGGCUCUGUGGCAUUUCAUAAUGCCUGGGACCACAGAGCAGCCCCAUGAAUGGCACAGGCUACCAUCAGACUUAAGCUUGAAUGAUCUGCAGUUGGCAGAUUGUUGUCUCAGGGUAGGCUCACUAUUUGCACCUUGUGAAAUUGGUCCUUGACCAAAUAUAUGGCAGAAGAGGAACAGCAGAGCGGUCGGCUUGAAUGCAUGGAGGCUUCAACCUGCAUAUGAGGGCCUUUGUUCCAGAUGCUGUGUUUUGCUACUGGCUGUACAAGCAGAGCAGUCACUUGUAAAUGAAGCUAAAGUAGGCAUUUUGUUGAAUUGUUUUCAGUUUUUUGUUUGUUUUGGUUUGCUUGGAGGGUUUUUUUGGUUGGUUGGGGUUUCUUGUUUGCUUGUGUGUUUUGUUUGUUUUGUUUUGUUUGUUUCCUAUUUUGGCUGAACAGUUUUACUAGAAUUUACCUAUGCUGUGUAUUUUUACUACUUUGAAGAAAAUACAGCUUACAGCUAGUGUUAGUGUAAGUAUGCUUGUAAGUAUAUUUCUGUCUGGAUGCAUCUUCUCCCUAUGCUUAGGCAAAGCUGUUUAGGAGUCUCAUCGUCCACAAAGCCCUCACUGUUGGCCCAUGAGAGAUAUCCUCGUGAGUCAGUGGAAAACGGAUGCAGGAAAAAAUGAAGGGAACCUCAAAACCUCAGUGUUCUGAGGGUGCCAUAGGAUUCAGUGUGAUGGAUGUCUGAGGCCAGUGGAAUUGGGUGCAUGGAUGCAUGUUUGCAUGUGCUUGUAAUUAGAUCAUACACUGCAACUGCGUGUACUGGUAACGGUACAGAGUGGCUGAGGACAGCAGUGCCGAUAGAUGGGACAGGAGAGUGACCAUACCAAUUUCUGUGGCAUUCAUAUCCAUUGUUUUGCACAGACUUCUGCAGGGGCAGGCAGACCUGAGCAAGCAAGCCCAAUUCCUGCCUCUUACAAGCACCCUCAUGCUGCUUACGCAGGUGAGGGUGGGUUUUAGGCAACUUGAUUAAAUGGGGAAGAGCGAGGGGAGACUACUUGGCUGGAGAGCAAGUUCAGUGGAGGGGAAUGUAAUGAAAACUUCUUCAAACCAUGGUCACAUGCUUUUUUUAGACUAGAACUGGGUGUAUGACAAAUGUUUCUGUUAGUUUUUUUUGACUUUAGUGAUGCAAUAGCUUCUCUUGGGACAUUGUUUGCUAAACCUACAGAGAAGUCAUUUCUGAGUAGUUGAGGAGAUGCUUGAGUGUUUGGAGGGUUCUUUGUGGUCCUUUUGCAUUGUUCUCUCCAUCCCACCUCCCCUACUGCUAGGUCACGGCGAGUCUCAGGGUAGAGCAACAGUCCCAGUGGUGGUCACACUUCUGGUAAAGGUGUGCACAGCUCUUUCUACAGGCCUGACUGCUCCACAUCACCUUUCCUUGCUUUGUAAGGUACCGGACCAAAUACCCACAUGCAAUUUGAAUUAGUGCCCCUCCUUGUGUGUGCUCUUUUGUACUUUGAUGCUUUCUGUCUGGGUGGAUUAUUUUGGCCAUUCGUUGUUCCGAUGGGAAAGAAUUGGAACUGUGUAGCUAAUAAUGAAAAUAAAACUACAUAUGACUAAAUGAAGUUCUUGCACCUUUGUAAACCUCGAAGAAUUCUCUUGCUGUGUAAAGGUUGAAUCUGUUAACUUAUUAAAUGACAUGAAAAUCAAAACCUGAGUCUAGCUUCAUACCUGGUGUAGUGCUGUGAGUUUCCCUCCAACCUGUCUCUGUCUCCCCUA